AGCAUCUCUCCUUAGACAGCGAGGGAGUUGUGCUCGUGCCAUGAAGGGAUUUAAAGACAAUGAUGAAGGAUCAAAGUGAUGAAAUUUGAAUAAAUUUAUGGAAGAAAUGGAUUGAAGACCAGAAGCAAAAACUCGUCAGUGGAGUCCCGGGACGAGUUUCUUUUUUUUUUUUGCUUUUCUUUCUGAAUCUUCCUCUCUGCGCCGCCAACAUGCCAGUUCUGGACCAAGACCCCUCUAAAGAUUCAGGGGGCAGUGAUGGUCUCCCUAAGCUGCCUCUCCCAGCCCUGAAAGACACACUGGACUUGUACCUGAGGUGUAUGAAGCACCUGCUCACAGAGGAGCAGUUCAACAAAACCAAAAUCAUCGUGGAGCAGUUUGGAGCCCCUGGAGGAGUGGGAGAGCUACUGCAGAGCAAACUUGAGGAGAGGAGGGAGAACAAGGCCAACUGGGUGUAUGAAUACUGGCUGAACGACAUGUACCUGAACAACAGACUGUCUCUACCCGUCAACUCCAGUCCUGUGAUGGUUUUCCCCCAGCAGAACUUCAGGGCUCCCAUCGACUCUUUAAGGUUUGCUGCACACUUAAUAUCUGGAGUUUUGGAGUACAAGACUCUUCUUGAUGCACGGGCCCUGCCUGUGGACUACGCUCGGGGUCAGCUGGCUGGGACGCCUCUGUGCAUGGAGCAGUACUAUCGCCUCUUCACCUCUUAUCGUCUACCGGGGCCUGAGAGGGACACACUAGUGGCCCAGGAGAGCAGCGUGAUGCCUGAACCUGAACACAUCAUCGUGGCUUGUAAAAACCAGUUCUUUGUGCUGGACGUGGUUAUCAACUUCCGCCGACUGAAUGAACGAGACCUCCUGACUCAGCUGGAAAGGAUCGCAAAGAUGGCUGAGAGUGAAGAAGAGCGGCUGCCACCAAUCGGUCUGCUCACUUCAGACGGACGCACAGAGUGGGCAGAGUCUCGGAGUGUGCUAAUGAGAGAGUCUACUAACAGGGACUCUCUGGACAUGAUCGAGCGUUGCUUGUGUCUGGUCUGUCUGGACGAGGCCACAGGACCGGAGCUAAGCGACACAACGCGAGCCAUGUUGAUGCUGCACGGCGGAGGAGUGGCCAAAAAUAGCGGCAACCGCUGGUAUGACAAACCCAUGCAGUUUGUCAUAGGAGCUGACGGCUGCUGCGGAGUCGUGUGUGAACACUCACCGUUUGAGGGAAUUGUCCUGGUGCAGUGCACGGAGUAUCUCCUCAAAUACAUGAUUGGCAGCCCAUCAAAGCUGGUCAGAGCCGCGAGUGUGAGCGAUCUGCACGCACCGCGCAGACUCCGAUGGAAAUGCACUCCAGAGAUUCACAAACUCCUCGCCUCUUCUGCUGACAAGCUACAGAGGCAAGUAAAAAAUCUUGACAUGAAUGUCCAUAAAUUCUAUGACUACGGGAAAGAGUUCAUCAAGAAGCAGAAAAUGAGUCCAGAUGCCUACAUCCAGGUUGCCCUGCAGUUGGCCUACUACAGAUGUCAUGGCAGACCAGUGUCGACCUAUGAGAGUGCUUCUAUACGGCGUUUUCAGGAAGGCCGAGUGGACAACAUCCGUUCAGCAACACCAGAGGCCCUGGCCUUCUCCAAAGCAAUGAGUGAUGGGAAACCCAGUGCAAGUGACGCAGAAAAGAUGGAGAUGUUACGAGGUGCAAUAACUGCCCAGACAAAGUACACCAUCCAGGCUAUUACAGGGACGGCAAUAGACAAUCAUUUAAUAGGACUAAGAGAUAUUGCACAAGAAUUGAAGGUGGAGAAGCCAGAGAUGUUCAAAGACGAAGCCUAUCUCAUCAGCAAUCAGUUCAUCCUCUCCACAAGUCAGGUUCCUACGACUGUCGAGAUGUUCUGCUGCUACGGACCUGUGGUUCCAAACGGAUAUGGAGCGUGCUACAACCCUCAGUCGGACCACAUCAUCUUCUGUGUGUCUAGUUUUCAUGACAGCCCACAGUCGUGUUCAGCAGAGUUUGUGAAAUGUCUAGUGCAGGGACUCCUGGACAUGAGGGAUCUGUGCAAUAAGUUCAACUGCAGCUCCUCUACCGGGAAAAAACAGGGUCAGACGCUGGAGACCAACAUGCAAUCGGACAAAAACUGGCAAAUCAAAGUGCCGCAGAGACCUACAGACCUAAGCAAGAAUCAACAAACACUGCCUCAGGUUGUGCUGAAAACACCUGGGCAGAGUACCAUGGAGGCCCAAACCCAGACGCCAUCACAAGGAGAGACACAAGCUUUGAAGAAUGGAAGUAAAUAAAUAAGAAACUCUCUGUGCAAGAGGAAGUAUUGGUGGUGUGAAUCUAAGUGUGUUUUCUGUGCGCUGCAAUGACUUGAGUCAUUUAUGAAAUAUUCACCAUUACUGUGAAACAAAAAGUCGCGUAAAGCUGUUUUAUUGUUAACUGUAUGGUCAAAUGUAUCAAGUGCUGAUGAUAAUCUAUUAGAGAAUAUUAGAGGUGUGUGCUGUUGUCAAAACAAAUCAAAUAUACAGUAGUAUUCAGGGUGUCUGUCAAAAGAGUAGGUAAAAAAUUAGAACCAGAUUUAAUUAAAGGUAUU